UCUUCAAAAACUAGUUUCUCAUAAAAAAAAAAAGUCAUAGACACAAAGAUAUACACAUAUAGGGAGAGGCUGAAGGAGGGGCAUCAGAUCCCUACUUUGUAUAAAUGGGGUUGUCUUUCUAAACAACCCCAUCACAUCAUUAAGAGGGGGGGAUCGAUCCUUGAUUUGUGAAUUUGCUUGCAUUAGCAAGAUCAUAUAUAUUCAUUCAUAUACACAAUUACAUAUCAAGAUCACAUUUUUUUUGGUGUUCUUGAUCUCAUAAACAACAUGGAGGGUCAGAACAAGAAGUACAUCUCAUCUGAGGAGCUGAAGGAGCACAACAAGUCAGGGGAUUUGUGGAUUUCAAUCCAAGGGAAGGUUUACAAUGUUUCAGAUUGGGCAAAGGACCACCCUGGUGGAGAGGUUCCCUUGUUGAACCUUGCAGGCCAGGAUGUGACUGAUGCAUUCAUAGCAUACCAUCCAGGCUCAGCAUGGAAGUAUCUUGAUCCCUUCUUCACAGGGUACCACCUGAGGGAUUUCAAGGUCUCAGAGGUGUCAAAAGAUUACAGAAAGCUUGUGUCUGAGUUUGCCAAAGUGGGCCUUUUUGAGAAGAAGGAACAUGUCACUCUUUACACACUGUCCUCUGUUGCUGUCAUGUUUUCAAUUGUUGUUUAUGGUGUCAUAGGGUGCAAUAGUGUGUGGGCUCAUCUGGGUGCUGCCCUCUUGCUGGGCUUGCUUUGGAUGCAAAGCACCUAUGUGGGUCAUGACUCUGGCCACUAUGAGGUCAUGUCAAGCCCUGGCUACAACAAAUUGGCACAAAUCCUCUGUGGGAACUGCAUGACUGGGAUAAGCAUUGCUUGGUGGAAGUGGACUCACAAUGCUCACCACAUCUCCUGCAACAGCCUUGACUAUGAUCCUGAUCUCCAGCACAUCCCGGUCUUCGCUGUGUCGACGCGCUUCUUCAACUCAAUCAAGUCAUGUUUCUAUGGAAGGAAAUUGGUGUUUGAUUCCUUGUCAAGGUUUCUCAUCAGUUACCAGCACUGGACAUUCUACCCAGUUUUGUGCUUUGCAAGGGUCAAUUUGUACCUCCAGACUUUGUUGCUGUUGUUCUCUAGGAGAAAAGUGCCAGAUAGAGCCUUCAACAUAAUGGGGAUCCUAGUGUUUUGGAUUUGGUUCCCUCUAUUGAUCUCUUCCCUGCCAAAUUGGGGAGAAAGGGUCAUGUUUGUUUUGGCCAGUUUUGCUGUUUGCUCCAUCCAACACCUUCAAUUUUGUUUGAACCAUUUCGCAGCAGAUGUGUAUGAGGGCCCACCAAAUGGCAAUGACUGGUUUGAGAAGCAAACUGGUGGCACAUUGGACAUCUCUUGCUCUACAUGGAUGGAUUGGUUCUUUGGCGGCUUGCAAUUCCAACUUGAGCACCAUUUGUUCCCUAGGCUCCCAAGGGCACAAUUGAGGAAAAUCUCACCUUUGGUGAUUGACCUUUGCAAGAAGCACAAUUUGCCUUAUAGGAGUUUGACAUUUGUUGAGGCCAAUCUUUGGACUCUUAAGACCCUUAGGACUGCUGCUCUCCAGGCCAGGAAUCUCAGUAACCCUUCUUCCCAGAAUUUGUUGUGGGAAGCUUUUAACACUCAUGGUUGAUUUGGAUUUGUGAAAAGAUUGAUGAUCAUCAAUCAAAGUUUCUCUCUUUUCCACCCUUUUGAAAGACUAUUAAUUAAUUAUCAACAUCUUGUCAAUUUAUUAGAUCUCACAUUUCUUAAUUGGGCAUUGAAUUUUUAAUCUCCCUUUUCUUGGGUAUGGAAUAAAAUGAUGAUCACAGCUUGUUAUGCAAAAUUCAGAUCAGGUUCAGAGGUUACAAUCUGGUGGGUUCGGCAAGAAUCUCUUACUUGGAGGAGCGCAACUUGGAUGAUUUGUUUUUUUGGUACUAAUUGCGUUGCUUAUUUUAUAUUUUUAUGAUAUUUUCUAUUCUUUUUUGGUGAAGAAUUUUUAUGUUGUAAACCAAACCUAUGUAGAACAAUUAUUUUCAUUUAGGUGUGCAACUUCGUGCUGAGUUUACUACGAAGCUGGGUCCACCCGUAGUUGCUUCCACGUGAAAAUUUCGUACAUAAUAAUAAUUCAAAAUUCCCUGCGUAAA